AUGACUGGGAUUUCGGGUAGGGCGGUGUUGUUCCUAGUGAAUAGGGCGAAUGAAGACUGGUGGAACGUGAGGAAAACAGACGGAAGGGACGGAUUCGUCCCGGCCAACUACGUGAAGGAGACUGAACCGAAGGUGGUGCAGGUGAAGGUGAGGAAACCGGAGGUGGUGCGCGAGAUGAAAGCGGUGAAGAAGACCAAGAUGGUGAAACAGAACGUCCGCGUGAAAAAAGUGACUCCCCCGAAACCACCAGCUCGAGGAAUCAAGCCACACCAGCCAAAUGAGAGCGUGGAGAAGCGACUGAAGAUACUCAAUGCUUCCUAUAAUCAGAUUUGCAAGCUGGCUCAGGACCGUCACACGCUUUUGGAAGAUGCCAUGCUCCUAUUUGGUUUCUAUCACGAAUGUGACGACUUCGAAAAGUGGAUGAAGGAUCAGGAGAAGACCCUCCAAAGCGACAAGGACAGCCAAGACGUGGAUUCUAAGAAGCGAAAAUUCGAGAAAUUCGUGACCGACUUGGUGGCGGCAACUCGUCGCCUGGAAGACUUGGACAAGGAAGUGGACGAAUUCGCAAAAAGAGGCCAUAGUCAGCUGGAUAAAAUCAAGGCGCGGCACAGGCAGAUUCACGCUCUUUGGGAUCGACUCAAUCGACUUCGACAGCAAACCGAGAAGAACCUUGCCGGAGCUUCAAGUGUGGAGCUUUUCAAUCGGACAUGCGAUGAGGCCAGAGACUGGAUGGAAGAGAAGAUGAAUAAGAUGGAUAUGGAAGAUCUUGGCAAAGAUCUCAAGACGGUUCAGGCCUUGCAACGGAAGCACGAAGGCCUCGAGAGGGAGCUCGCUCCCCUCGAAGAGAAGGUCAAUCGCGUGAAUCUCUUGGCCAACUCGGUGAUGUCAUCGUAUCCGAACGAGAAGGCCAACAUUGCUGCGAGGCAAAAAGAGCUGCAUAACCUCUGGCAGAAAGUCAAGGGCAAGGCAGCAGACAGGAGGAACAGGUUAGAAGAGGCUGUCGGCCAAGCAAUCUUCCUCAACAGUGCCAAAAGCUUGCUCAAUUGGGUGGGAACUGUGAAAGAAGCCUUAAAUGCAGACGACCCAGUUCGAGAUGUUGCAACUGCCGAAGAAUUGCUCAAGAAGCACGGGGAACUGGGUGACGAUAUCCGAGCACACGACGACGAAUUUCAAGAAGUGAAGGACCUCGGCCAAAAGUUGCUUAAGAGGAACCCACAGACUCGAGAUGCCAUAUACGACCAUCUAAUCCAACUUCAGGUCCUAAUCCAACUCUUUGACGCCCUAAGCCGUAUCCUCGGCGCAAGACAGUUAGAAUUACCAAAUUUUAAUACCCGACAGGAGGAAGAACGAGCCAUCAAACGAGGCUGGCAGGAGAAAGACGACUGGCUGCGGCAGUGUCGGGACCUCCAGAUCUUCGAGAGGGAGGCCGAGCACAUCGAUUCCACCACCUCGGCUCAUGAGACUUUCUUGGAAUAUGAAGAUCUUGGAGACACCGUGGAUGAAGUGGAAGCUCUCCUCAAGCGCCAUGAGGAUUUUGAGAACAAGCUCAUAGUACAGGAUGAUCGAGCAAAUGCAUUCAGUGAGAUGGCCGAUAGAUUGAUAGACGCAAAACACUACGAAGCCAAGGACAUCGACAAGCAGAGGAAGCAGAUCCUGGCAAGGCGAGAGGCAGUCAAAGAGAAGGCAGCCGAACGGAGAGGACUCCUCCACUCGUCCCAGGCCUAUCAGCAGUUUCAGGCCGACGCCGACGACAUGUUCACUUGGAUGACUGAGAAACGAAAGAUGGCCUCCGACGAAUCGUAUCGCGACCUGAGCAACCUCGAGAGGAAGCUCCAGAAGCACGAGGCCUUUGAACGGGAAUUGCGUGCCAAUGAGGGACGAUUGCGCAAUCUCAACAAGGCUAGUCCUAUCUUCUUCUGGAGGCAGUCCUUCAUCACUCACGGUCACUACCGAAAGAAUGAUAUUCAGGACACGCUUGAUACCCUCAACAAGGGUUGGGGAGAAUUGACCGGUCUCACCAAGGACAAGGGAAAGAAGCUGAGACAAGCUUCAGCGCAGCAUGGAUACAACAGGACCUUGGAGGAUGCAAAGAAGAAGGUGGAAGAAUUUGAAUUCAGUCUCCAGUCAACCGACUAUGGUAGUGACCUUAGGAGUGUGAAGCAUCAGUUGCAUAACCAUCAGAUGUUGGAGAACGACAUGGCCCAGUGGGAGGCCAAGAUCAACGACCUCGUGACUCUGGGAGACGAGAUGGCCAAGGAGGGUCACUUCGACUCUGCCAACAUCCUUCAAGCCGGCAAGGCCUUCAAAGAAAAAUUCGGUCGUCUGAAAGACCCGGCGGCGCGUCGACGCAACGCGCUCGAGGAGUCCCUUCGAUUCUACGAGUUCUGCUUCGAGGUCGACCACCAGAUGCAGUGGAUCAAGGAGCACCUGCCGGCCGCCUGCUCCGACACCAUCGGCCAGAGCCUCACGGAGGCGCAGAGCCUCCACAAGAAGCACAAGAAGUUGUCGGAGGAGCUGGCAGGGCACGAGGGAUCCAUCCAGAAGACGCUGUCGCAAGGGCAGGCGCUGGUGGACCAAAAGCAUCCCAACUCCCGUCCCGUGGAGGAGCAGUGCAAGGACCUGAAAGAUGCUUGGCAGGAUCUCCUCGAGAAGGCAAAGGAAAGGGGGUACCGCCUCGACCUUUCACUCAAGGCCCAACAGUUCUUCGCCGAUGCCAACGAGAUCGAAAGCUGGCUGACCGAAAAACAGGAUGUUCUCCUGUCGAAGGAUUAUGGACGAAAUGAAGAGGCCGCCAAAAAGCUCCUGGCCAAGCAUAAGGCCUUGGAGCUGGAACUGGAUUCGUACAUCGGCUUGGUGACCGAAAUGGGCUCCAUCGCCCAGGGAAUGGUGAAGUCCAACCACCCCGAGUCCAAAAUGAUCCAGAAUCGCCAGGGCAUGAUUGCUCAGCAGGUGAAGAACCUGCAGAAAAUGGCCAACACCAGACGACAGAAGCUCAUGGAGUCCAUGUACCGUCACGAGUACUUCAGAGAGAGCGACGAAUUGGAGCAGUGGAUCAACGAGAUGAUGCAGACGGCCUCAUCCGAGGACUACGGGAAGGACUACGAGCAUCUCGUCAGAUUCUUUGCCCAUCACAGAGAUUCUUUGCCCAUCACAGAGAUUCUUUGCCCAUCACAGAGAUUCUUUGCCCAUCACAGAGAUUAUUUGCCCAUCACAGAGAUUCUUUGCCCAUCACAGAGAUUAUUUGCCCAUCACAGAGAACCAGAAUUAAUGCCCACCCGUGAAGAGGACGGCGAGAAAGAAGACGUCGCCGAGCGUUCGGAGAAGCUGCGACGGCAUCGAGGCGUAAAGACCGAGCCGAAAUAUUGCCAUCCGCUGAGUUUCGGCUUCUCCCGGGAGAUCAGGGAGAAAUGGGGAGAGCUGCUGGAGCAGAUCCAGGCCAGAGACGAGAAGCUGGAGGCAGCCGGAGACAUCCACCGCUUCAACCGAGACGUAUCGGAGGCCCUCUCCCGCAUGCAGGAGAAGGAGCUCGCCAUGAACGACGACCUCGGCCGGGAUCUCAACUCGGUCCAGAGUCUCAUCAAGAAGCACGAAGGGUUCGAGAACGACCUCGUCGCUCUGGAAGCCCAGCUCCAGGUGCUGGUGGACGAUGCGGCUCGGCUCCAGGUGGAAUACCCGGGAGAGAAUGCGGAUCACAUCAAGGAGCAACAGGAGAUGGUGGUUCAAGAAUGGACCAAACUUCAGGAAAGGGCCAGCCAGAGAAAAGAAAUGCUCCAAGCAUCUCUCCAACUGCAGAAGUUCCUGUCUUCCGUAAGUUCCAGCCCUCGGCACGACCCGAUCCCGCCUCGCAGGGAAGCCAUUAAGUUCCCUCUGGAACUCCAGGUCCGCGACCUGGUGACCUGGGCCUCGGAUCUCCGGAGCACGAUGAUGACCGAGGAGAAAGUCCGAGACGCCGCCUCGGCCCAGACCCUGAAGGCCGAGCACGAGAGCCUCAAGGCCGAAAUCGAGGCACGAGAAGACAACUUCAGCAGCGUCGUCGAAGCCGGAGAAACCAUGAUCUCAGACGGACAUUACGCCGCUCAGGAGGUGAAAAAGAAGCUGGACUCGGUGCUGGAAGAAAGACAGAAACUCCACGCCGCCUGGCACCACAAGAAAGUCUACCUCGAUCAACUCAUCGACCUUCACUUCUUCCUCCGAGACGCCAAGCAACUCACAACAGCCGCAGCCACCCAAGAG